UUUUUAUAAAAUUAAUUGUGAGGGCCAUAGACCACAGUAGAUAAUGGUCGUUAGAGAAAUUACAAUGAGGGAGUUGCUAAUAAAUGAAGUUAUUAAGAAAACCCUUCGCCAUAAUAUAAAUUUCUCCCUAUGCGUCUCCUCCAAUUAUAUCUGCUUCUUUCUUUCUUUGGUUGGCACACAAGGAGGUUUGGAAAGUAAUGGCCAAGGCUAUGAAGAGAAUCCUUCCAAAAGUGGGAGAUGAAGCAGCACAAGCAAAAGAAGAAGAAGCUCCGAUCCAUGGAGAUGUGUUGGAGGCGAUGAUCCUCACCCGCCUGACGCUGCUGGACUUGGUGGCAGCGUCUCUCGUCUCCAAGGCGUGGCAAUGCUCCGUCUCUACCUCCCUCCGCAUCUCACCUCGUGUCAGGCCCUGGUUCAUAGUCUACGCCCUUCACCACCGCAACCAUUCCCUCACUUCCGCCUUCGCAUUCGAUCCUUCCUCUCACGUUUGGCUUCGCAUCCAAAACACCCACAACUUCCACUUCACUACCACCACCACCGGCGCACUCCGAUACUCCGACUCCCAAAACCUACUCUACACACUCUCCACCACCGGAUUCUCCUUCUCCUCCGACCCCUUCCACCUGACUUGGCACCAUGUGAAACCGCCACUUGUCUGGCGCGAGAACCCAAUUGUGGCACGCCUCGGCUCCCGUCUGCUCGUCGCCGGUGGCACCUGCGACUUUGUCGAUGACCCACUCGCCGUCGAGAUGUACGACAUCGCCUCCGGGAAAUGGGACACCUGUCAGCCCAUGCCGUUCUUACUCAAGGACUCCGCCACCAGCACUUGGAUCUCCACCGCCGCCGCCGACAACAAGGUCUACCUGCUAGAGAAGCGCUCCCGUCUGAUCUGCUCCUUCGAUGCGGAGACCAAGACAUGGGGACCCACCUUUAAUCUGAACCUGAUCUCGAACCCCAACAAUAUUAAUCCACCUGUGUCUGUGUUUCACUCCACCAUCGGCUUCAUCGACAACCGGCUAGUACUGGUGGGUCUAAUGGGGGAAACCGAGGACUUGCACGGCCUGGGGCUCUGGGAAAUCGAUCAAAACACCUAUGAGUGUAGGCCCAUCGGGGAGAUGCCGUCGGAGAUGGUGAAGAGGCUCAGGAACGCGAACUCGCCGCUGUCGACCAUGAGUACAUCCAUGGAGGGUGGUUCCAUUUACAUCUACGAUCCUCGGAAUCCAGAGAAGAUAUUCUUGUGCGAAUUGAACGAGGGGAUCUGCGAAUGGGGUUACUCUGUGAAUCCAAUGGUGAAAGAUCGGAAAUCAAUGGAGAGAUUUGUGUUCACGAGUUCCAGAGUAAGGAUGGGCGACCUUCGCAACGCUCUGUCGACUGGAAACCGUACUUUCACGGUGGAAUCCGAUGGAGAUGGCCUUUCCAGAUCCCACUCUUUCACUGUUCCCUGUCUGUCUUAGGCAUUUGUACAUAUGACUAUUCAACACCUGUGUCUCACGAGCGUGGACCACGAAUCCCGUGAUUCUUCACAUCCUAAUUCAUUUACGCUAGAUUUUUAAAAUGAGCAACGAUAUACCCAUGCUCAAAUUUGCGUAUCGAUGAGGAUGUUUCGUUUAUGAGAUCUUAGGGUUCUUGGGGUUUAACAUUUUAAAUUCAUAAUUUUGAGAUAGAAUUAGCUGCUCAUAGGAUCACCUUCUGCCAUUAUAAGGAUAAAAAGGGGUACAUUUGAUAACAAAAAGGACAUGUAUUGAAUGUUGACUUGUAUGAGCCGUUGAUCUGUUUUCCUUGUAUGCAUCUCCUUUCUUCAUUAGUGGAUUUGUGUUCGUCG